UGUUUUAUAAUUAUUGCUGCUCAAACUGUAAGCUUCACAGCUCUCAUCUCUUCGCUCUAAAAAGUAUACAAAUUUGGGGUUUGUUUUUGGUUGCAGCUAGACAGACCCAAAUUCAGCUGCUAUAAUUGUAGCAAGCAUGGGUAGACAGCAUUGCAGUGUAAUAGUGGCUGCUUGCUUACUGUCUGUGUUUGCCCUUUGUGUGGGCCAAGCUCCAAUAGCUUUUGAAAAUGUUUGUGAAGAAGAAGGUUUUUCCGAUAACUUAUCGUGUGAGAGAGAAGAUGGAGUGAGGCACUGCUUCUCCAGAGAUGAACUUUGCAACAAUAAAACGCUGUGUGCUGAUGAGUCUGAUGAAGGGGUAACUACUGGAACUGGAUUGGACUGUGAUGGUAGUCUCACUGGUCGCAAGGCUACUGACGAUGGCAAAGUGGAGCCUGGAUUUCUGUGUUCCAGUGGUACUAUCCUGGACCUGGUACAACUGUGUGAUGGCACGGCCGACUGUGAGGGUGGAGAUGAUGAGACACACCCUCUCUGUGCUAACAAGUGUCUGUUUCCCUACUAUGGAGGAUGUUUUUACACAAGAGAGUGCCAGUCCAUGGCUAGAGAAGCAACUUGUGGGCUGUGUCGUCCAGGGUUCGCAAGAGAUCCUAGGAAUUAUGAAACUGGCGAAUGUGUUGAGGCUCGUUUCAGAUUUCAAAGCUCAGCGUACACUAUGUGCGAAAACCAGGAAAGAACAGUUUUUGUGACGCUUGAUACAACUGGAGUCCUUGAUAGAAGAGUGCUGGUGGAUGUCAGGGUAAUUGGUGGAACUGCUACAGUUGGUAAUGACUUCACAUUAUCAACAAGUCAGCUUGUAUUUGAGCAAUUUUCUGGUGGAGAAUUAAAUAGAGGAGUAACUAUUAGGGCUGUACUCGACAGUGUUUCUGAAGACAGUGAAACUAUUCUCCUGGAAGCUUCAGCUGGUGAUUGGCCAUUCACUAUUGGAGAGAAUAGUACUACCGUUACAAUCGAUGAGUGCAGUGCAGAAAACCUGUUUUUGCUUCCAUAUCGAAGUGUUAGUGAGGGUUCCGGCUCAAUAACUACGUAUGUACAACUGGCCAGUGGAGUUGAUACUCUCACGGAGGAUCUCAUUGUCAACAUAUCAACCAGUUCUAAUUCUGCCAUAGGCAAUGUUGACUACCUUGAGACACAGUUGACUCUCACCUUUCCUAAUGGAUCCAUAGGAGGAGUCAGGAUUCCAUUUUCUGUUCCAUUAAUUGAUGAUAACAUUGCUGAAUACCGAGAAAAUUUUCGUAUAACAGCUUCAACAAGUGGCAAUGGAAUUGGAGUGUACUCAAGAACAACACGCACUCGAUUUGUAUAUAUUAAUGACGAUGACCCCUUCAUAGUUGAAUUUGAGUACCCAAGCUACACUGUACGAGAAGGAGAGAGUGUGGAAGUCUGUCUGGUCAACACCACUAGUCCAGAAAGGAUCCAUAGCUUCACAGUGCAGUUCUACACUUCAUAUGACUGUGAUACUUCAUCCACUAUUACAGUAAUAGAUGAUGCAACAGCUGACUUGGACUAUGAAGCAGUGUACAGGGAAAGUGAUGUUAUAUUCCCACCUGACACUAAUCGAGCAUGCACGAUUAUCAACACUUACCACGAUAACUUGGAGGAAGGAGUGGAAAAGUUCAUUGUAAGGUCUGUACAUAGCGGUGGAGUUGGACAGACCUCUCAUUCUACAGACAUUUUAAUUGUAAAUGUGAAUGUGGAUCCAGUGACAGUAUCGAUUGAAAAAUCAUUCUAUUCAAUUACUCAACCAGAAGACUCUGUGGAAAUAUGCAUCAAUGCUACUAAAAUCAGCCUGGAUGAACCGAUCCCCAUAAACUUACAAACCCAAUAUGAAACCGUGGAGCUGACACUUUUUGCUGCAGUUACUCGUACAUGCUCUAUUGUUACUUUCUCUAGCAACUUAUUCUCCAGAAAUGGUCGUAUUGAGACCAUACAAGCUGUGAUUGUGCCUGAUAAUCGUCGAGUUACCCUUGACCGAUUUCAAGCAGAGAUAGCAUUGUUUGAUGGAAAUGGUGUUAAGGAUGACUGUCCAGUCUUACCGAAACCUGCUAAUGGACAAGUUGAACAGUUGCCUACUGAUAGACAGAUUCUCCCUGGCUCCAUUGCCAUAUACUCGUGUGAUGUCGGGUUGGUUCCUGAUAGGACACGAUUCAGAGAGUGUACGGCUGAUCUCACCUGGUCAGGAAUCCCACCGGCUUGUAUUCAAGGUGUCAGGGGCAUUGUCGAAAGUUUUUCUAAUGAAUUCAUUGUCGGAUUUGCAACUUCGAAUCCUGGGUCGCAAGCUCUUGUUGUUACAACAAAUGGUCAAACUGUUCCCUUUCUUGUUCUAGGAAAUCGAUUCGAUGGUGUUUCUAAUGUUCAGAACUCUAACUAUUUUUGGAAUGGCAUCCCAAAUACCUAUACAGGGAAAGGUAUUCACAUAAAAGCAAAAACUGGUGGAAAAGUUGCUGUUCAUGGCUUGCGAAGUAUUGGCCGUCCAAGCUAUUAUCCAAGUUAUUCACUCAUAGAUUUGUAUCUAGCAAUCAAUAUAAGGCAUACGGAUGAUGUGAAAGAGUACGAAUAUUAUUCAAUACCAUACAACUACCCCAGCUCAUUACACCUUAUUGCAACUGAAGACAACACUAUUGUUAACAUCUCACGUAAUGCAACGCUCAUCCUGGAUCGCCUUCAAACACACCAAAUUGAUGAGAUUGAAUCACUUAAAUCCGUAAGAGUGACAAGCAACAAACCUCUUUCAAUUAUCAGUGCUAAGAAGUGUUUUGGAACAUGUGACUACCUAGCCGAACAGUUAUUACCCACCCACCUAUGGGGUAAAAGAUUUCUAGUAGCGUCAUUUCUUGGACUGAAGAAUAGAGAGAGUCUACGGAUAUUGGCUUCAAAACUGAAAUCUAAAGUCACCAUUAAAUGUGCCCACACUAGUAUCACUCGUACAGAAAAUAUAGUAUCUGGUCUUGGUCAACGUCAAUGGAGUGAUGUAAAACUUGAUGAGCAGGGUAAUAGGGACCGGUUUUGUGUAUUGGAAGCUUCAGACCCAGUGCAGGUGAUUCAGUUUGCUCAAGUUAGUGAUGAUAAUUCUUACAUGAUGACCAUUCCAGCUAUUGAACAAUAUGGAGAAUUUUUCACAGGGUUCCAUACUUCAAAUCGAUCUCCUUUUAACUUUGUGAAUCUCUAUGUGACACCCGAACAUUUUGUGCCUGGAGGCAUUCUCGUUGACGAAGAUGCAGUGUUGGACUGGACAACUGUACGAUGUGCCAGUGGGGAAAUUUGUGGGUAUAUCUCGAGGCCUGUUUUAUUAAGACGACCAUAUCAUACAGUACGACACCAAGACCCCAGAGGCAGAAUAGGAAUAUCCGCGUACGGAUUUGAUAUCAGAUUAAACAUAUCUUACGGUUACCCUGCAAGCAUGUACAUACCAUCUCCACAAAGUGUUGAUGAAUGCGUACCAAACUUGAAUAUUUGCGAUCCAAAUGCCCAGUGUAUAAGUGUGAAUGGACGUUAUGAAUGUGUCUGUAAUGAUGGCUAUGAGAAACGGAGAGAUGAAACCUGUACUGAUAUAGAUGAGUGUGCAGUAAUUGGUACUAGUGUCUGUGAUGUCAAUGCUUACUGCACUAACACUAUUGGUGGUAAUAACUGUACCUGCAAUACUGGCUUUAUUGGAACUGGGAAAACUUGUACUCCAGAAUCUAAUCUAACUGAAUUCGAAGACUACUUGCCAUUUAUCAAAGAUAAAGAGGAAGCAAUAAAACUAAGUGAUGACUCAUGUGAAGAGAUAAAAGUACUUGCCAUUCCUAUUGGACCUGACAAAGUCACUCAAAUAUGGAUCUGUGAGAAUGGAGUCAUUUCUAUUGGUGAAAGACCUUUCAAGUUAUGGAGACCUCAACAUUUCCCCAGUGACAAUCCACUUAUUCAACAGGCAAACAUCUUAGCUCCAUUCUGGAAUGAUCAUGAACCAAAUCCAGGUCUUGGAGCUGUGAAAUAUCAAAUUUUUGAAAAAGGUCCUGAUCAAAGUAACCAAGGCAUUAAUAGAUUUGUUGCUUAUCAGCAAAGUCUGGAUGAGUUCAAAGGUGAAUGGAUGAUAGUUGUGAGCUGGGAGAACGUGUCACCAUACACUCGAUGCAGUGAUGUUCAAGUACAGCAAAACUCUUACCAAGCUAUAAUUAUCUCUGAUUUUACAACAACAUAUGCUGUGUUCACUUAUAAUGCCGAAGCAUUGAAGUGGUCCAGUAUUUGUAAUGAUGUGUACUCUGUUAUUGGCUACAACUUUGAUCAGAGGAAGACAGAGUCUUUAAAUAUUCCAUCAUUUCAAAACCAUCGUUUCAGUGGAUCAAGUAAUAUCAAACAAAUUCCUCUGAAAUUCCAGACUCAAGGUGUCCAAUGGGCCAACCUGAUCUAUCUCAUUGGGAAAGAUGAAAGUCCUAUACAACGCUCAGCUGCUGAAUGUGUGGUAAUGGGAAAUCGAGAUGAGAGUCAGUUUAUGGAACGUGGUGUUCGUGUGGAACAAGGUCUGUCUUGUCCGUGCUCAGUAGAACAAGCAUUCCGAGAUCGAAGAUAUAUCCACGCUGCUGCUUAUCUGGCUGAGAUCACUGGUGAUGAUAGAUUCCUCUCCAGAAACUGUUUUGUGCAAGUGUUUAGGCCUCUCAGAGCUAAUAGAGGUGUUCAUAUGUGCUGCUACAGCACAAGUGAGGAAUCACUUGGAGCUCUGUUGGGAUCUCCAUUCCAAAGUGAAGCAAGUUCUCCUUUACGAUUUCAUCCUUACACUGAGCGUGAUGACUUUAUGGAAUAUGAUUACCACUUUCAAAGGAGCUGUUGUUUCAGUGAAUCGGACAAUAUGUGCCCAACUUACACCAACCAGCGCAGGGCUGAUGAAUGCUUGAGCUAUACACCCUCAGAGUUUGCCUGGUUUUGGGGUGACCCUCACUUCACAACACUGGAUGGUGCCGGCUACACAUUCAAUGGAUGGGGAGAGUACAGCUUACUGGAGAUUAACACAUCAGAUGUCCAGUUCCUUCUCCAAGGUCGGACCAAUCCUGUCAACAACUCUAAAGCCACUCAACUGGUAGCAUUCGCAAUGGAGGCUUCACCAAACAGCCCUGUUGAGAUACGACUGGAUACAGCUACGGAUAAGUUUGUCGUUCUUUUCAAUGGAUCUGACAUUACUGACAAUGUCUCCACGAUAAGAGAACCAUACUUCUCACCAAAUUCUGAUGUCUUUAUAACCAGAGAUUCCCAAAAUGUCAUAGUGUGUGGUUUUCCUAUUGGUAUCUCUGUGACAGUCACCGCCUCUUCGGGGAUGCUCUCGUUUGUACUCGGAAUACCUGACGAUUUCAGAAAUAUCACUCGAGGGCUCAUGGGCAAUUAUAAUGGAAUUGAAAUGGAUGACCUCGCGUAUCGGAAUGGAACUAUGCUUGCUCAGAAUUCAUCGGACAGAUUGAUUCAUGGAAUGGGACAAUCGUGGCAAAUCAGACCAGAUGAUUCAGUGUUUACAUAUCCUGAGGGCAAUACUGCACUGGACUUUGCUUUCCCUGAUCACAUCCCUCAGUUUCUGGACGAGGUGGUUGCCACGGCAAGUGUGAAUGUGUUGACUGCCUGUGGGGACAGUGUACAGUGCAUAUUUGAUGCGUCCCAGACUGGUGACAUCAGUAUUGGGCUGGAGACGAUGAUCAUAAAUGUAGCCAAUGUGGACUACAGGCAGGAAGCAAUCAACACUCCACCGCUCAUUGCUGGUCCCUCUGUUCUCGUGAUCACCCUGGGACAAGAAGCCGAGUUGGUCUUCUCUGUAACAGACGACAACAAUAACUUAAGCGUGUCAUUAAUUGGAGGCCUGCCCAUCAACUCAACUCUUACAGUAUCACCAAUGAAUGGAUUUUCCGAAGUUACAUUUCGAUGGACUAUAACUGAGAUUGUCGAUGUGUCGCUGUUAUUUGAGGCUAGAGACGAACGCAAUGCAGUGUCAGUGUUGAGUGUACAGGUGCAGAUCUGUGCUUGUGACAAUGGUGGUGACUGUACAGUGGAUGGACUACGAAGUACUGUAGGGAGCACUCUGGUACUCAACUGUGACUGCCCUGAAGCCUAUGAUGGUAGGUUCUGUGCUGAUGAUUCUGAUGGCUGCACUGGUGUGAUAUGCUUUGAGGAGGUGACAUGUGUCGAUGUCCCUGCCCCUGGAGUUGGAGCAAUGUGCGGACCAUGUCCAGUAGGGUAUUUCGGAGAUGGACAGAAAUGUGAUGAUAUCAACGAGUGUGAGGAGGAUGCUCACAACUGUACUGAUGUCUGUGUGAAUGUACAGGGAGGGUUCGAAUGUGCCUGUAACCAAGGUUACACACUAGCCGACACCACAUCAUGUACAGAUGUUGAUGAGUGUAGUGUAUUGAAUGGUGGUUGCCAUCAAGUAUGCAACAACUUUGAGGGAGGGUUCGAAUGCGACUGUUCAGACGGAUUUGGAUUGACCAAUGACAACACAACAUGUCAAGUUCUACCGGAGUCUUCUUGUUCUAAUGACGCUAUAUGCUCUCAAAACUGUGUGAGAUUGUUCGGUGUGGAGGUGUGUAGCUGUAACCUUGGAUACACACUGGAUAGAGAUAAUGUCACCUGUUCGGAUAUUGACGAGUGUGCUGAGUCACCAUGUGAUCAAGAGUGCAGUAACUCUGAUGGAGGGUUCCAGUGUGUCUGUGAGGAAGGAUAUGUGUUGGACACGGAUGAGAGGAGCUGUUUGGAUAUAGACGAGUGCUCGGUAGCUGCCGAGAAUGAUACUGACCUUUGCACCUCUCCCAUGUUCUGCUCUAAUACACUGGGUGGCUUUGAGUGUUUGUGCCCUGGGGGGACUGAGCAAGCAGGUGGCACAUGUGUCUCCAUAGGUACAAAUGUUCGUCGAGUCAAUGAUUCUGUGAUUGGAGAUCCACUGAUGACUGUACCUCUCUACCUCACCAACACAAGUGCACUGCAGAGCAAUAUCAAUCUCGAAGAAAAUGAAGUUAUUAAUCUUUGCUUUGAAAUCCACGGUCGAUCUGAUGAAUAUUUCAAUCUCGUGUCUGACUCUUGUAUUAGCGUGAAUGCACAUUACCAGCGAGCAGAUCCACAAUUACCCGCCAAUAUUAUUGAUGAGAUAACAGUUCGAGCAGCUGGUCUUGACGGGAUCUGCCGAAAUAUUGCAGUCAGUGUCGAAAAUUGCCAGGCAACAAUCGAUGGGUCUGUGCUCGAUGAAACUUACACAAGUGCUGGAAUAUCUGUGAGACUGUAUCGAAAUCGUGUUCGAAUUUCUGCUCCUAAUUGCCAAGACCUUGAUUUGGUGAUGUGGGUAUUUUGUGAGCAGUCAGAGUUGAGGGGAUACCCUGAACUGGGAGAGCCUGAUAUCGUGGUCAAUGUUAGUAUGAUCCACUUUGUGAUUGCUCGUGGACUUAAUAUCAGAGAAUCGGCUCAUGGCUUGCUGGGUCAGUUUUGGAAUGUUCCCAUCACCAUCGAGCGCUAUUUGGGCUCUCUCUCUGAUGGCAGCACACGAGAUGAUACCUACAUCCUGACUGUCAACUAUCCGAACACGUUCCCUCGUCGUUUUGUGACCUUUCUUCACUCUCCGACUUGGGACAGACGAGGGAAGGAGUAUUGUUUGUACGGGGGUAACAGACAGGGUGGAGGGAUACUUGAGAUAGAGUCACCAAAUGAUCCGAUUAUCCAGGGACGCUAUAGAGACUAUAUCGUGGGGGAACAGUUCGGAGUGGACUUUGUGUAUUCUCAUUUCGAAUCUUCUGAGUGCAGUCUGUGAAUAAUUAUCGUAGCAAUUAUAGAGAGACUUCUAAGUGUGCGUUAACUUUAACUAUCUUAGUGUCAAUAUUAUUGUUAUGUGCCAUACUGUGUCUUGUAUAACUAGUUAUUUUUAUUAUAAUAAUGUGUAGUUCCAAGAAAAAAUAUCUCGUAAUUGAAC